UGUGUUGUGAGCAGCCCCCACGUGGUCUAACCACCUUCAUUUCAGUGGUCGUUAGCAGUUUGAGCUCUUCCGUGGACCCCACUUUUGUUCCAAUCCCAGAGGAGAUUCCCUACGAAUCUUCUUCUUCUUCUUUUUCAUAUCUUCUUCCACUUUCCUGCAUUACACAAUUCCCAUUCCUCACUCAACCAAAUUCCACUUGAAAAACCCAAAUCUAUAAUUAUAAUAUAAAACUAAAAGAAUCUUCAACUUCACAAAAGAAUCUGAGUUUUUGCUUUUUUUUUUAGCUUUUGAAUAAUUAGAAUGAGAGCUUUGAAUUCUCGUUUUGUGCUCAUUGAUCUCCACACCUCAUGCCAAUCUCAGAACUCCAAGUUAAUAUCAACCGUCUCUCCGGCAUUUCGUCGAACACGUCGCCCGCAUAACGCCGUCGCUUCGUCUGCGCCGUCGAUUCGCUCCCCGGAAAUCCGGAGACCGUCGGACCGGUUCGUUUCCGGAAAUGGGUUGCAUUCGAGUUCUCCGAAUGCGGCCUCUACUUCGUCGUCGUCGCCACCGCGAUCGGAGGCCUCUGACGCCACGGAGCUCGAGAUGUUUCUGGAGCUCUUGCCUCCGAGAAUGAGGAGGGAGCUGUACGGACACGAGGAGAUUGAGGAGCUGAUCGAGGUUGUUAUGGAUUUAGGGAGGAAGCCGAUUGCGAGGUUUCCGUCGGGGGAUUGGAUCAUCUCGGAGGACCCCAUAAAGGACGAAGACUUGAGGCACGCUAUAUCCAAGGUUGGUGAUUUUUCAGAUGACAACCGAUCAGGUAUCAAUAAUUCCUUGCAUCGUAUAAGCGCUAUUCGAAACCGUAAAAUGCAAAUUAUUGGCCUCACUUGCCGGGUUGGUAGAGCUGUCUCCGGAAGUGCUGAGAUCAUUCACGACUUACUUGAAGGGGGAGGUUCCAUCUUGGUCAUUGGUCCUCCUGGAGUUGGCAAGACAACCUUAAUUAGAGAAAUUGCAAGAAUGUUAGCAGACGAGCAUAUGAAGCGGGUUGUCAUUGUGGACACAUCUAACGAAAUUGGUGGUGAUGGUGAUAUUCCUCAUGCAGGUAUAGGCCGCGCUAGGAGGAUGCAAGUUCCUAAUGUGAACCUGCAGCAUAAUGUUAUGAUUGAGGCAGUCGAAAAUCAUAUGCCUGAAACCAUUAUCAUCGAUGAAAUUGGGACAGAGCUUGAAGCUUUGGCUGCAAGUACUAUUGCUCAAAGAGGGGUUCAGCUGGUCGGAACAGCGCAUGGAAUGACCAUAGACAACAUAAUAAAGAAUCCUUCUCUGCAGAUCCUUGUUGGUGGCAUUGAGAGCGUUACUCUUGGUGAUGAGGAAGCAAAGAAAAGGAAAGUGCAGAAGACAAUUCUUGAAAGAAAAGGGCCUUCAACAUUUACUUGCGCUGUUGAGUUGAUAUCUAAAUAUGAGUGUCGUGUUCAUCACAGACUAGAUGCGACCGUAGAUGCUAUACUAGCAGGGAAAUCUCCUCUUUUUGAAAUUCGUAAAAUGGACGCUGAUGCUAAUGAUUCUCAGAAGGCUACUCCAAUAUCCAAAAUAAUCUGCUCGGAUAAAUCUGAUCUAACUACCGGCAAAGAAAGAGCUGCUGACAUAGAAUCUGAUGAAGAAGAUGAAGAGCCGUCUCCAAGUCGUUCCAAGAAAUCGAGCAGCACUAGAUCUGUUAACAAGAGAACUUCACCAGUACGAAUAUAUACUUACAAGAUCCUCGAGGCUGAUCUACUACAAGUAGCAACCGUAAUGGGGCUUGAGGAUCAAAUUGAUGUGACUGAUGAUAUUGGAAUGGCUGAUGCAAUUCUCGCUUGCAGUUCCGAAAUGAAGCAGAACCCAUGGAUCCGUAGUGUGGCAAAAUUCCACCAGAUGCCAGUAUUCGUUAUGAAGACAAAUACCAUGGCACAAAUGGUAAAAGCAGUUCGCAUGAUUAUUGGACGAGAGUCAUAUGGCUCUUUGCCGAAGCCACCAUUUAAAAAAUCAUUCGACAUUGAAAUUGAAGAUGAUGGACCGGAAAGAAAACCGUCUUUGGAAGAGAUUGACGCCUUGGAGGAGGUUCGUCUUGCGAUCGAAUACAUUGUGAUUCCUGGUGGAGAGCCCGUGGAGCUUCUUCCAAGACGCUCUGAAAUAAUUGCCCGGCAGCUUGAACUGGUAGAAAGCUACCAGUUGGCUGUCGAAAACUCAGGGACCGAACAGAAUCCAAGGUUGCAGAUUCUCCCCAUGAGAUUAAGUAAGAAGGGUUCUUCUAAAUCUGUUAAAUCAAGCUCAAUACAGAAAGCAACUAACUCUAAAUCAUUAACUGGUGGUGGGGGAGCUGCUAGUUUUACUAGGCUGCCCCUUUUGCCUGAAUAACAAAAACAAUAAAGCUGCAAUUGUGACAUAGCUCAAUCAUUGUUGAUACAUGUGCCAUUUCAUGUACAGUCUUGUAAAGUAAUUGUCUGAUAUUUUAUUGUAAUUAUUUCACCCCCUCA